GCUGAGGCCAUUUCCACGGUGAUCCAGAAUUGCCCCAAAAAAACAAAUAUGGAAAAAGCAUAAAGAGGUUUACUCCAAAAAUGGAUUGGCAAAUGGCAACGACAGCAUUAAGACAACAUUCUUCGGAAUCUUUAUACAGGGUCCACACAUUUGCAGCAGAACAAAAUAAUAAGCAUCCUAUUACUUGUUUAAUAUUAUUUCUUUUUUCUUCUGAGACUUGACAUAUUGUUCUCAAAUCUGAGCUCUAAUCCUUCUGUAAUUACCAGGUCAAUCUCUAUCUUCGGAGUUGGAUGCCACGCGGAAGAAAUGGAUGCUUGGUCUUGUCUGUCACCGCCUUCACAGAUGCUUAUGACGACUCAUCUACUCGAAAGAUUCUGUGGCAUGAAGAUCGAUUAUGCUCUAAUUGUGGUGAAAAUUUGUAAAACAACACGUACUUGGUGCUGGUGGUGAAUCUCUAAACUCAUUAAUGAUGAUGCACGAACUUUCCCCAGUGGUUCUGUGAUCUCACUGUUCAAAAAGAUACUUCAGAAAGCGUAGAAACGGAAUAAUAAUAUGGAAAAUGUGACAAAGUUGAUUGCUUAAAGCAUGGACGUGAUGGGAAUAUAAAAACAAAUCAUAUUCCAAUUUCGGAGGAGGCUAUUAUAUAUGGUACAGACAAAUUGGUAAGGCUGAACUGCGCUUUGAAGGUCAAGAAUUUACCAGAGAUAGGGAGUGGCAAUUUCUCUAAUUGCUUCCGGUAUAUUGCUCGAGAUGAACUGCUGCAGACAAUGGAAGCCUGUUUUGGCAAUGAUAGCUAUCAACUUUGCGUUUGCUAUAACCAAUGUACUUGUCAAAAAGCUUCUGGAUGAAGGAGUGAGCCAUGUAAUCAUCUUAAUGUACCGUCAGUCAAUUUCUGCUGUUUUUUUGGCACCAAUUGCCUUCUUUUGGGAAAGAAAAAGUAGAUCCAAGCUCACAGCUCGUAUCUUAUGCCAGCUUUUCCUCAAUGCUCUUAUAGGGGCAACACUCACACCGUACUUUUUGCUUCUUGGACUCAAAUAUACUUCUGCAACGUUCUCAUGUGCAUUCAUAAAUAUGGUUCCUGCAAUCACCUUUAUGUUGGCGCUACCAUUUGGUCUAGAGAAAGUGAACAUCAGAAACAAGGCUGGGAGAGCAAAGGUCCUUGGUACGUUGGUUUGCAUCGGUGGAGCUAUGGUAUUGACCCUUUACAAAGGAAAUACAUUGGUCAGAUCAAAUUCUGCUACAACUCAUAUCAUAAACCAUGGCAAUAUAAUGAUUUCAAGUAAGAAGAAAGGGAGAUGGGCCAUUGGUUCGAUAUUUCUUGCUGCAGGCUGCAUCUUCUCGUCAUCCUGGCUCCUUCUGCAAGCCUGUAUUGGAAGGACAUAUCCAUGCCAAUAUUCCAGCACUGCUUUUUUGUCUUUCUUCAGUGCAAUUCAGUUAGCCAUAAUAAGUUUGAUAACAGAGAGGGACUUUGCCAAAUGGAUUUUGAAAGAAAAACUGGAAUUAAUAACAGUGACAUAUACUGGAAUGGUGUCAGCAGGCUUGUGCUAUGUGGGAAUGUCAUGGUGUGUCAAACAAAAGGGUCCUGUCUUCACAUCUGCGUUCAGUCCACUCCUGCAAAUAUUUGUAGCCAUGUUUGAUUUCUCCAUUCUACACGGACAAAUCUACUUUGGGAGGUUGUACUGUAAUACUUCUUUCCUAAUAUUAGUCGUUGCUUCUCAAAUAUUUAUAUGGCUUCUAAGUUCUAACAUCCCUUUAUUGGCUAUGAACAGCGUCGUUGGAUCUAUCCUAGUUGUAAUUGGUUUAUAUACCCUGCUAUGGGGCAGAAACUCUGAGGCAGAAGAAACUAAUCCUCAGCUAAAGCAUCCCCAAGUAAAAGAAGAAGAGGACUGUAAUGCAAGGUCACAAGUCUAACCAAUAUCUAAUUUCUUCUUGUUCAACUAGUAUUGUAAAUUUUGUGCUGUUCCCUGAUCCUCCUCCCAAGAACUACUUACGGGAACAAAAAUUUCUGCAAUAAUGCUUGCCUACGGAAUAGAUUACUUCUCGAAUUCAAUGUAAUCCAAAUUGCCAUAUCCAUGGGAGUUCAGGCAAAUGCAGAGGAUGAUACGAUGUUAAUUAGGGGACUAGUCACCAUAAUACUAGAUAUUAUGGAUCAUUUUAAGAGUCCAAUCUAGACCAUCAUGUCUAUAACAUUCCAGGAAUAAAGUUGCCUGACUAGCAAUGAACAAGGCUAUUCCAUUCUACACCCAUCAAGCAUCU